AUGCAAAGCACGCGUGGGAAGCCAGUUGCAGUUUCCCGGGUUGACCUAACACAUGGCUUGGGUCAAGCACGUCUGACGGAGCUGCUGGUUUCUCCUUUUGCAGACACAAGCCACCAGACCCGCUCCGUCUCCAGCCGCCCCUACUACAGUUUGCCCAACAGCAGCCAUGAGAGACGCUCGGUCCUCGCUAUCACGGAGCCGCCGCGUUUCCACUCCCAAGCCAAAGGCAAGAACGUGCGUCUGGACGCUCACUCCCGCAAGGCCACGCGCAGGAACAGCUUCUGCAACGGGGUCACCUUCACCAACCGGCCCAUCCACCUCUACGAGAAGGUCAGGCUGAAGCUGGUGGCUGUGCACCAUGGCUGGAGUGGGGCCCUGCGCUUUGGCUUCACCAUUCAUGACCCAUCACAGAUGAGCUCUGAUGAGAUACCAAAGUACGCCUGCCCAGACCUAGUGACCCGACCCGGAUACUGGGCCAAAGCUUUGCCAGAGAGGUUUGCUGUGAGAGACAAUAUCUUGGCCUUCUGGGUUGACCGUCAUGGAAGAGUAUUCUACAGUAUUAAUGACGAGGAGCCAAUAUUGUUUCACUGUGGUAUUAAAGUUUCUGGUCCUCUCUGGGCACUCAUAGAUGUCUAUGGAAUUACCCAUGAAGUGCAAAUACUAGAUAGCAUGUUUGCAGAGACCAUGACCACUGCCCGUCUCAGCACUGCCCGUCUCAGCACUUGCCUUCCGCAGAGCAACCAUGAUUCAGCCAACUUCAAUAACAACGAACUGGAGAAUAACCAAGUGGUGGCCAAAAUUGCAAACCUAAACCUAAGUCGGGUUCCAGGACUCGCGACAGACAACCACAUCAUCCCCUGUUGCCCAAACCGACGGCAGCGUGCCCAGGGGGUCCCAGCCUUCCUGGACACAGACCUGCGAUUCCACCCCACCCGUGGACCUGACAUCACCUUUUCUCAGGACCGGAUGGUUGCAUGCACCAACUGGCAAGAAAGCAAUAGGACUUUGAUGUUUUCUGACCGGCCUUUGCACAUCGGUGAAAGCCUCUUUGUGGAAGUAGGACACCUUGGGCUGCCAUACUACGGGGCCCUUUCAUUUGGCAUCACUUCUUGUGAUCCGAGUACUUUACGGACAAAUGAGCUCCCAGCAGAUCCGGACUUUCUCUUGGACCGCAAGGAGUACUGGGUGGUUUACCGAGCGUUCCCGGUCCUCAACAGCGGUGACAUUCUCAGUUUCAUGGUCUUGCCGAAUGGAGAGGUGCAUCAUGGGGUGAACGGAACCAGCCGAGGAAUGCUAAUGUGCGUGGACACCUCACAGUCUCUCUGGGUGUUUUUUACAAUCCAUGGCGUAAUCAACCAGCUCAAAAUAUUGGGCACUGUGCAGUCCAGCCCAGUGACCGUCUCUCCCUCAGGAUCCCCGGGCGGCUCGCAGUACGACAGCGACUCGGACAUGGCCUUCAGCGUGAACAGGUCGUCGUCUGCUUCAGAGUCAUCGCUCGUGACUGCUCCCAGCUCCCCCCUGAGCCCACCCAUCUCUCCCGUCUUCCCCCCUCCGGAGCCAUCAAGCAGCAAGAACGGGGAAUGCACCGUCUGCUUUGACAGCGAGGUGGACACGGUGAUCUACACCUGCGGACACAUGUGCCUCUGCAACACCUGCGGUCUUAAGCUGAAGAAGCAGCUCAACGCCUGCUGCCCCAUCUGCCGACGGGUCAUCAAAGAUGUUAUUAAAAUAUACCGCCCUUAG